GCGAGCGCGGCUCACACGAGCUGGGAGAGAGGAAAGAGAGGCGGCGCGAGUUUGCUUUUAGCAGUUGUCAGAUUUGCAAUUGGAUUUGUUUGAAUAUAGUUGCCGUUUCGGAGCAAAUGAGAAGGAGAAAGGGAGAGAGCGUUAACAGUCAGCGAGGAGAGCUGAGCCGUUCAGUCUGAGCGUCUGAUCCGACCGUGUGUGCGCUCCUGUACAAAGACACUCUAGAUUUAUAUCGCUUUUUCAUUGUUUUGGUGCUCUUUUUUAAUUUUUUUUUUUUACAUUUUUUUCCUUCGCAUGGAAUUUAUCAAGAGCAGCAAACGCUGUGUGAUCGCUAUUUCCAUGCAUUACAGUUCAGCCCGGAUAGGGGGGUUCUCGUCGUGUUUAUGACCGCAUUCCGUGUAUGAAUUAUUAUUGAUAGGAGGGAGAAAAAAACGCACAGAAGGCAAUUCAUCUUUUUCCAGGGGCUUUUUUUUUUUAGGGGGGUGGGGGGGUUGUUUUUUGUUUUUCCCGUCGAGGCGUAGCCUGGUCAGCCGCGCGUUUCAAAGCCAUUUCCAGGAGAAGCGGUGCAGCCUGCCGGAGGGAGGACGGACCGCCCGGGGAACGACUCGCUCCUCAGGACGAUGGUGCUGGACAAGGAAGAGGGUGUGCCGAUGCUCUCCGUCCAGCCCAAAGGGAAACAGAAGGGGUGUGCUGGCUGCAAUCGCAAGAUUAAAGACCGCUACCUGCUCAAGGCCCUGGACAAAUACUGGCAUGAGGACUGUCUCAAAUGUGCCUGCUGCGACUGCCGCCUGGGGGAGGUGGGCUCCACCCUGUAUACGAAAGCCAACCUCAUCCUCUGUCGCAGGGACUACCUGAGGCUCUUUGGUACAACGGGGAACUGUGCAGCCUGCAGUAAACUGAUUCCAGCCUUUGAAAUGGUGAUGAGAGCCAGAGAUAAUGUUUACCAUUUGGACUGUUUUGCCUGUCAGCUUUGUAACCAGAGGUUUUGCGUGGGGGACAAGUUUUUCCUAAAAAACAACAUGAUUUUGUGUCAAAUGGACUAUGAGGAGGGCCAGCUGAAUGGGAGCUUUGAGACACAGGUUCAAUAGUUGGAACCUCAUGGCAGCAACGAUAGGCUCCACACUUUACACACAAGAUGGAUGUUCUGCUGCACUUGGAAAAAGACAAGCGUCUGUCUGCUUGCCUGCAAUACUUUUUAAGACCCCUUUAUCAGUCCCCAUGGACUCUAUUGUAAAUGUUCAACUUUUUGCCCCUCCCACACCCCAACACUGAGCAGUUACAAAUGUUGAUGUACAGUUGUGCCUGCUUAGCUGAGCACUGUAUUGCUUGUAUGUUUUGUGAAAUUUGUUUUAGGUUUGUUUCGUUUUUCUUUUGAGAAAUGGUUCACUGGAGGGUAUGUACAGUCUUGUUUUCUCUGUAUAUAUAAACUGGAACAUUUAUUUUAUGAAAUGUAAUGCAAUUUUAUUACUAGUGUGAAUUAAAGAUUCUUAAAUGUUCGUAGUGAGUUUUUCUCCCCCCUCUUAACUGAAACCAAAGUUGUUGGAUGUGACAUGUCCAAGAACUACAAUGGAUUAAAAACCUUUUAACAGAAAUAUAUAUAUCUGAAAUCCUCUUUAAAUCAUAAAGCAGCUAUACACAUUUUAUUGGAUGUUGCAGAACCCUGACAGAAUUAAAAAUGUUGUUU